AUGCCAUGCUUAUUCGAUAGAAGGGAUGUGUUUGUGUGCUUGUUGAACGACCUUACCCGGGAAGAAGUUGAGAUCUUGGAUCCUUUAGUUUGGAUACUUCGUUAUGAUUCUGUGCGCUGUUUGGAAGCCGUGCUGAAUGGAGAAACCGCUGGAUUGUUCGAAAUCGAUGUCAAUUCUGUUCCAUUCGAAAGCUCUGAUGAACGAUUAGAAUUAGUUCCCAUAUUGCACGCCGUUUGUAGUUAUGGUCUUAGUGUAGCCUCUGAGAUAACCAAAUUCUGUCUGCCUGCAAAUGAGUCUCAGAGAGAGGAUGGUGAAGUUGUGAGUGUUGAAAUCGAACAAGAAUUACUCAAGUACGUGAACGAAGGAAAACUACUUGAAUUGACUGCCUUAUUGAUGUUUGCUCGCGAUAUCGUAACGCCUAGUUUGGAAGGGGGCUCUAAAAUUCGAGACUUUGUUCUCCAAGAGAUUGCAGCUCUGAAAAUAUCCACAUCGUGGGAGGAUUCUUACCACAGUGCAUCUCGCAAGGCAAUAGGUAAUAAUGAGUCUACGCCAGGGUCAUCGCUUUGGUUGUUGAACAAGAUAAAAUUAUUGCACAGUAUAAACUGCCAUAUUGAACCCAACUUUUCACUUCGAUUAUAUCAUACGCAUCAUUUUGUGCGAGGCCGGCGUCGGUUUGGUACUUCAGUAAUGGGAAAGAAAGUUGGUUCGUCCUUCCACCUCAAACAUCAUUUUGUGAGAGCUAGUGGCGGUCUGGAAUCAACCACAACAGUAGUAUAA